AUGUUAACGGUGUUAUGCGACUAUUUUUGCCUCUUCCGAAGUCUUUAAUGAAAUACCUCAUUUCGAUCAAAAAAGAGAAUAGGGUCUCAUCCCAUACUACACAAGAUUUUAAUGUUUCCAAUUCCAUUACGGUAGAAAGUCGCCCUACGAGCGAAAAUCAAACUAAAAUCACCGACAGUCUCGUAGAAAUUCCUGAAAAAACUGAGAUACCAUUCAUUAGUUUCCUCAAAGCAAGUCGCGAGAGCUUCGAAUGGGCGAACAACUCAACUGCUGAUUACAUGUUAUCAGACAUCGAAAAUUUCAUCCACGAUGAUAUCUUGCCCAACUCCACAACUGUAUUUUCUUCAGAUGUUCAUUCUGCCCGAGUGCCACAGCCUAUCCCCGAAAAUAAGUUUCAUUCCAAUCAAUUUCUACAAACUGGUAACGCAUCAUCGUCGGAGAGUUCAACACUAAUUACAAUGCUGGAAAUAGGCUUUGAAAAUUUUGGGCGUAGCACCGAAGUGAGAGACGAUAUUCCCAAAAGUUUCAUAAACGGAAGCAUGUACGAUUUUUCUACUAAUUAUGAAAUUACAAAUGAAUCUUCUGCUACGAGAGAAAAAACAGCUUUCAGUCGCACCUUAGGGGUAACUUUUAGCAAGGAUGUAUCUGAAGACAUUUUCGUAAAUGUUACGGAUAUGAACGACUCAAGCGAAUUAGUUUCGGAUGAAUCUUAUUCAGCAAUUGAAUCGCGUGGUGCCGACUCGCAUGUCGACUUGCAGAGUAACCACUCUACAUUAGGACCAGCGAGCCGAAGGAUUGAAAGUUCGUUUGACACUUUCUCGACUCCUGGAUCUACAAACGUUUAUGUUUCUGAGAGUGACACUAGAGAAAACCAAUUCAUCUCUACCUUUACUCCCGAAACAGACUUCACGACUACACAGGAUGCGUCGAAUUUCAAGAACCAUAAAGAGAACGUGAUAUCGAGCGGGUUUUUCAAAUCCGUCACAGAGCGAGACGCAUUGAAUGCCGGCGCUCGUUCGAGUGGUGAUCUAGCUACCAGUCUACCUAUUAACGUAAUCCAUCAAUUGACCAGCUUAUCGGUUGAUGGGGUCCGUCAAGGGAUUACACCUGCGGUGCAAGGAAUGCACUCGAUUACUAGACCACCACCCAUUGAGCUCACCACUCGACGCCAGAGAAGAACCAUGUACGUUGUGGUGGUACAUGAACGCCCUUGUGACGGUAUCUGCUGCAAGAGAGAACACUUAACUGGCAAGUGUCGCCUGGCGCUGACUUGUGCUCUACUCCGCUUCCACUUGACGACCCUCAAGACGAUGUCUUGCGGCACUACCUACGAGGCCACGCUCGGCGAUGUCAACCUCGUGCAGCGCUCCUCUUGGUUGCCGUCCCAUACACGGAACCUUGCUCCUGCAGUAGUCAGCGAUCACAAGCAACCAGGAACUUUAGAUCUUUCAUCAAUUAGCAUUUCAAACAAUAAUGGAGAUGAAAAAAUUCUAAUCGAUAAGCAAACGUCCGGUACUGAGGAUUUCCAGCAACAUUCCCAUACUUUCACAGACUUUAUCGGCAUUUUUCCGGCGCUGAUGCCAGAAGAAAAUAACAUUACUUCAACCGUCCCGCCGACCGGAGGAGCUUCAAGCGAGACACUGGUCACUGCAACAGUUCCUUCCUUAAUUCAUCGUGAGAUAUUGAAGAAAACUCAUGAAAUUCCGGGAUCUGAUGAAGUAAACGACGUAGUUAUACCAACAUUUAUCAAUGACAAGUAUUACGGCCGAAAGGAAAUACCAAUACAUGUUGAUAUUGAGCUGUCUUCAAUGGCAACAAAACUUGAGAGUGAAGUAAGCUCGGGUGCAGGAGGAAGCGGCGUAUCGAUAUUGCCUGACAGCGGCAUCUUGACUCUAUUUGAAACUGAUUUUAGCGACCAAGCGUAUGUGAAGAAUGAUACCAUGCCUCCAUACAUGAUGAAUGAUAAUGAUAUUAUAUUCGUGACUGAAACCAACUCUUUAAACCAUAUGAAUGCGACAGAUCCUCCGUUUGUGAUUAAUAAUACCGACACUUCAUACAUGUUGAACGACACCGACCUUGAAUACAAGGUGAAUAACAGCUUCUCUUUUAACCAAAUGAACAUCACAUACCCUCUGUUGGUUAAUAACACUACUACUAAUAAUAUUGCUACUGAUUCAUUCAUGCUGAAUGACACAGACUCAAUGAUCCCUAACAUGACAACUGUCCCGGACUCAGAAAGUGAAGAAGGUGAGUGGGACGCAUACAUCACGGACGGCGUAAGCAUAGACUACAACUAUGAUGAUUAUACCACAGAUCCCGAGUACGACUACUACUAUGACGAACCUGAGACCAAACGCCACCUGGUGUACAAAGACCAGGUCUGGAUAAACGGUUCAGGGAGAUCGGUUGAGCUGAGCGAGGUGGAGUCAGUUGUAGACGAAGGCGGCCGGCGUAACUCCGGCAGAGCUAUGGAGGGCGACGCUGAGUGGAUCAACGAAGAUGACAGACGCAAGCCAAACAUUGUCAUGAGUUCGCAUACAUUUGACCACGCGCUUCCUUGAGUAGAUCAAUGAAUGUGACAGACGCAAUCCACACCUCACGAGUUUUCAUAAAAUUGACCUCGCGCUUCUUUGAGCAGUUUGACGAAUAUGAUAGACGCAAUCUACACCUCAAGUGUUGGCAUACAUUUGACAACGGGCUGCCUUGAACUCAUGCGAGUAGCUCAUGACCUCUUGUCGCUCAUUUAAUUUGGCGAUAUUUGUGAAUAUAUUAUAUACUUUGACGAUGUUUUUGUAAGACUGUAAAUGUAUUAAAAUUUCUUCUGA